AUGUCAUUGUUAAGACCAUUAAUCAAAAAUAACAAUAACAAUUUUUUCACAAAGGUAGUGAUUGAUGUAAGCGAUGAUAAUGCGACUUUACCUUUUAAACAAGCAAUCUUUUUAGAAGAAGAAGAUUUGAAUCUUUUUUUAGUAGGAUAUCGCUUUCAUAGAUAUCGUUUUUAUAUUUAUUGUCUUCUAUGCAUUUUGACUUGUGGUGGUUUCUACCUUCUUGGUAGAUGGAUUCCAAAACUGUGGUUAUUGUUGGUUGGUGAUGCUUGUGAAUUGGGAAAAGCUGAAUUGAUAGCAGUAAAGGAUCAAUGUGAUGAGAUUUCUAUUGAACAUGUUGUUAAAAAAUAUUAUGGCGAUACAAUAUCCUCGGCUUUCUCGCCUGAUCAAUUUGAUGAAGUUGAUACUACCAGACUAUCUACUUAUUCAUCAGAUGAAAUUCUACAUUACAUACAUUAUUUUGAUUAUCGACAUAUUCGAUUCAUUUAUCACCCUAAAUUGGAAAAGUUCCUACAAAAUAGUUAUUGGAAGGAUCCUUCAUGGGUAUCCACCAAAUUACUUAAAAAUGGAAUAACUCGUGACACUCAUAACGCUCGUGAAAUUAUAUUUGGUUCAAAUUUGAUAGAUAUUCAAGAAAAGUCUGUUUAUCAACUAUUGUUGGAUGAGGUUCUAAAUCCAUUUUACAUAUUUCAAGCCUUUUCGAUGCUUCUUUGGUUUUGUGACGAAUAUUACUAUUAUGCCACUUGUAUCUUUAUUAUAUCAGCAAUUAGUAUCAUUUCAACGUUAAUAGAAACAAAACAGACUAUUGCAAGACUUCGUGAAAUGUCAAAAUUUGUGUGUGGUGUCCGAAUUUAUAGAGGGGGGCUAUGGAGACACGUAUCUUCAGAAAAUUUAGUGCCUGGUGAUGUAUUUGAAAUUUCAGACCCGAAACUUUAUGUUUUCCCUUGUGACGCAGUUUUAUUAAGUGGGGAUUGUAUUGUGAAUGAAAGCAUGCUUACUGGCGAGUCAAUCCCUGUAUCAAAAUUGCCUAUAACAGAUGCUGCAUUAAGAUUAUUGGAUUUGUCAUCUGCUAAUGUCAUACCUGAGGUUGCCAAACAUUUUCUUUUUGCAGGAACAAAAAUCGUUCGUGUCCGAAAGCAGAAAAUUGGUGUAAAUUCUUCAGGAAGUGAUAGUAACUUUAUGAUAGAUGAUGAGAGUGCGGCAUUGGCUAUGGUUGUAAGAACUGGUUUCAAUACAACUAAGGGAUCUUUGAUUCGAUCGAUUUUAUUUCCUAAGCCAAACAGUUUUAAAUUUUAUCGUGAUUCCUUCAAGUUUAUAGGAAUAUUGUCUGCUAUUGCUUCCAUUGGGUUUAUAAUAAGCACUAUUAAUUUUAUUAGGAUGAGAGUUAAAGUAUCUUUGAUCAUAUUGAGGGCACUUGAUUUAAUCACUGUUGUGGUUCCUCCAGCAUUACCAACUACAAUGAGUAUUGGUACUAGUUUUGCUAUUCAAAGAUUGAAAAAAUCGGGGAUAUUUUGUAUUAGUCCUCCAAGAGUUAAUAUGGGAGGAAAAUUAAAUGUAAUGUGUUUUGACAAAACUGGUACUCUCACGGAAGAUGGAUUGGAUGUGUUGGGAAUCAGAUAUGUAGAUUAUAGCAGCAACAGAUUCUCGGAGUUAUAUACAAACAUUGAAACCCUUUGUCCAAAAAAUGAUAAUGAUUCCUUGGUUAACAUGAAAAACGUUUUUCCAAAUUCAAAAAUCGAACCGAUUUUGUUUGCUAUGACAACAUGCCAUUCUCUUAAAUUGGUGAAUAACGAAUUGAUUGGUGAUCCACUUGAUUUAAAGAUGUUUCAGUUUACUAAAUGGAUAUUGGAGGAAAGUGGGCAAGGAAGUUCAACUGCCAAUUCAUUGGGAAUUACAAAUGGUUCAUCUCCAAAUAGUCCAAUAACUGGUGGUAUAGUGCCAACUGUUGUAAGACCUCCUGGUGGCAGACAAUUCGAUUUAACUGACAUUUUAGGUAAUGAAGAGCGUAAUGGUGAAUCAAAGGCAAAUCAACUUUUUGAAUUGGGGAUUAUUCGUACUUUUGAAUUUGUUUCAUCAUUGCGCCGUAUGAGUGUACUUGUUAAACGACUUAGAAGUAAUACUAUAGAAGUUUAUGUCAAAGGUGCACCUGAAGUAAUGAGAGAAAUUUGUGUUCCGGAUUCAUUUCCUACAGAUUACAAUGAAUUAUUAAAUUACUAUACACAUCAUGGAUUUCGUGUCAUAGCGUGCGCAUAUAAAAGCUUUACUGAUUUGAGUUGGAUGAAAGCACAAAAGAUUAAAAGAGAACAGGUUGAACAAGGCCUGCAAUUUCUUGGGUUAAUUAUAUUUGAAAAUAAAUUAAAGCCUGGUACAGCCCCUGUAAUCAAUACUCUUAAAAAAGCAAAUAUGCGACAAAUUAUGUGUACAGGUGACAAUGUAUUGACUGCAAUUAGUGUAUCUCGUGAAUGUGGCUUAAUUAAUCCGGAUGGAAAGAUAUAUGUUCCGCGAUUUUCCCAAGGUACUUCAUCAGAUCCUCAAACAACAAUCAUUUGGGAAAGUUUGAAAGAUGUGAAUGAUCUUUUGGACUCGGAUACUUUGAAGCCUUGUUUAUCAAACAAUAAUUUAAACGCACCUCCUAUAGGUCUUUAUGAUUAUACCCUUGCAGUUACAGGAGAUGUUUUUCGAUGGAUAGUUGACAACUGUGAUGAACUUAUAUUAUAUAGAAUGCUUGUUAAGGGGCAUGUAUUUGCUCGAAUGUCACCAGAUGAAAAACACGAACUAGUAGAAAAACUGCAAGAAAUGGGAUAUUCUGUUGGAUUUUGUGGUGAUGGAGCAAAUGACAUUGGUGCGCUUAAAGGUGCAGAUGUUGGAAUAUCAUUGUCAGAGGCAGAAGCAUCUGUUGCUGCUCCUUUUACAAGUCGUAAAAUGGAAAUUGAUUGUGUUAUAGAGGUUAUAAAAGAGGGUCGUGCAGCUCUUGUUACUAGUUUUAGUUGUUUCAAGUUCAUGACUUUAUAUAGUAUUAUUCAAUUCACUACAGUUAUGGGACAAACAGGACCUUAUCAUAAUAUACAUCCUAAACGUCCAACUGCAAACUUGGUAUCCAAAAGUGUCCUUACUCCACUUUUAGGUCAAAUUUUUAUUCAAUCUGGAUUUCAAUUCUUUGUAUUUUUACUUGUAAGAAGACAGCCGUGGUAUAGACCACCUAAAUACGAUCCAGAUGACGAAAAAAUUAAAUGUCACGAAAAUACUGUCUUAUUUUUAAUAUCGUGCUUUCAAUACAUACUAAUGGCAAUAGUAUUUAGCGUUGGGCCUCCAUAUAGAAAACCUAUAACGAGUAAUGCAAUUGAAUCAGAAAUUUAA